AGUUUUUUGCAGGCUUUGAAACGAUUUUUAUCUCGGAGAGGACCUUGCAGUGUUAUUUAUUCUGAUCAGGGUACAAAUUUCGUGGGCGCGAAGACUGUUCUUCGAGAAAUUAAUGAGUUCGUCAAUUCCGCGCGGUACAAAAAAGCGUUUCAAACAGAGUUAGCUAUAAACGGUAUUGAGUGGAAGCUCAAUACUCCGGCGGCUCCACACAUGGGUGGAUUGUGGGAAAGCCAUGUUAAAUGUGCGAAAACUCAUAUCUUCAGAGUGAUAGGCACGCAACUUUUAACUUUUGAGGAAUUCAACACUUUGUUGAUACAAGUUGAAGCGUUAUUGAAUUCUCGUCCUCUUU